AUGAACCGCCAGACCUACAGCAUGAGAGCAGGAGGGGGAGGCAGAUCCUACAGCACUGCCUCAGCUAUUAUUCCAAGUGGCAACAGGGCUGGAUUUAGUUCAGUGUCCGUGGCACGAGCUGGAGGAGGUGGAGGUGGUUUUGGAAGGCUCAUCGGAGGAGGUGGUGGCAGCGGUGCUGGUUUUGGCAGCAGGAGCCUCUAUAACCUUGGUGGUAGCAAGAGGAUAUCCAUUGGUGUUGGGAGCAGCUUCCGAACUGCUUUUGGGAGUGGAGCUUGUGGUGGCUCUGGCCUGGGAGGUGGUGGUGGUGGUGGUGGAGUGGGUGGUGGUCUUGGACUUGGUCUUGGUGGUGGAUAUGGCUUUGGUGGAGGUGCUGGGGGCUUCGGUGGUGGAGCAGGAGGUGGUGGAGGGUUUGGUUUUAGUGGAGCAGGGGGACUGGGAGGAUUCAGUGGAGGGCUGGGUGGUGGCAGAAGCCAAGGGGGGUUUGGUGGUGGAGCACCUGGAGUCGGUACAAUCCAAGAAGUGACUGUAAACCAGAGCCUCCUGGCACCCCUGAACCUGGAGAUAGAUCCAAACAUCCACCAGGUGCGGAAAGAUGAGAAGGAGCAAAUCAAGACCCUCAACAACAAGUUUGCUUCUUUCAUUGACAAGGUUCGUUUCCUGGAGCAGCAGAACAAGGUGCUCGAGACCAAAUGGGCCCUCCUGCAGGAGCAGGGGCAAAAGAACAGCUCAGGCAAGAACAACCUGGACCCACUCUUUGAGGCUUACAUCAACAACCUGAAAAGGCAGCUGGCCAACCUGCUCAACGAGAGGGGACGCAUGGACGGGGAGCUGAAGAACAUGCAAGACCUCGUCGAGGAUUUCAAGAACAAAUACGAAGAUGAAAUCAACCGGCGCACAGCAGCAGAGAAUGAAUUUGUGGUGCUGAAGAAGGAUGUGGAUGCUGCUUACAUGAAUAAGGUGGAGCUGGAGGCCAAGGUGGAUGCCCUAACCGAUGAACUCAGUUUCCUCCGAGCCCUCUACGAUGCGGAGCUGGCUCAGCUCAGCACCCAGGUGUCUGACACUGCUGUCAUCCUGUCCAUGGACAACAACCGGGACUUGGACCUCAGCAGCAUCAUCUCUGAAGUCAAAGCUCAGUACGAGGACAUCGCCAACAGGAGCCGGGCCGAGGCUGAGGCGUGGUACCAAACCAAGUUUGAGGAGCUGCAGGCCACGGCUGGAAAGCACGGGGAUGACCUGAGGAACACCAAGGGGGAAAUCUCUGAGCUCAACAGACUGAUCCAGAGGAUCCGGUCAGAGAUUGAGAACACAAAGAAUCAGUGUGCCAGCCUGCAAACAGCCAUUGGAGACUCCGAGGAGCGUGGGGAGAUGGCCCUGAAAGAUGCCAAAGCAAAGAUGAUUGACCUGGAAGAUGCCCUGCAGAAAGCCAAAGCUGACAUGGCCAGACAGCUCCGGGAGUACCAGGAGCUGAUGAACGUCAAGCUGGCCCUGGACAUCGAGAUUGCAACCUACAGGAAGCUGCUGGAAGGGGAGGAGAGCAGGCUGAGUGGAGAGGGACUCAACCCCAUCAGCUACUCUGUCAUCAGCUCCAGCUCUGGCAUGAGUGGGGGAGCUGGGUUAGGAGGAGGAUUUGGUGGACUGAGCCUCAGCGGAGGAGGCGGUGGAAGUGGCUUCGGUCUUGGAGGAGGUGGUGGUGGUGGAGGUUACGGCUUUGGAAGUGGAGGAGGACUUGGACUUGGAGGUGGUGGUGGAGGUUAUGGCUUUGGAAGUGGAGUAGGACUUGGACUUGGAGGUGGUGGUGGUGGUCUCGGAGGUGGAUAUGGAGGAGGCAGUGGUCUGAGCACCAUCGGAGGGAAUUUCAGCUCUGGAAGUGCAAAAGGCACUAACCCAGGUGUCAAAAUCGUCUCCAAAACCUCCUCCAGCAAAAAGAGCAUAAAAAGCCAAAGCCUGAAGAAUGCUACAGAGCCCGAGUAA